AUGAGCCUCAUGCAACUUUUUCUCGCUCUUAUUUACUUAAAUGUCACUCUAGUCACUCCACUCUGCAAAUCGUGUUUAGGCUUACUUUCGUUUUCUCGACUGAAACUUGAAAUGGGAAUUGAAGAACUGAAAGGGAAACUACAAGUGAUGAAGCAUUUGGGUGAUGAAGAUGAUGCUGCAUUUCAGGAGAAGAUUAAGUUGAUGAACUUUGAACUGGAAACUAAAAUGGAAGAAAUGAAGAGCAUGGAUCAAACACGUUUGGUUAAGAAGAAGAUUAAGGAGAUGAACAUUGAACUGGAAACAAAAAUGAAAGAAAUCGACAACAUGGAUAAUUUGAAUGAAACACUUUUGGUUAAGGAUUGGCAGUGUAGUGAUGAACUUGAAGAAGCUCACAAAGAGUUAACGAAAUGGAUGCAGGAUAUGCUAAGUGGGCGAACAAAUAUUGGUGUGAAAAGGAUGGGGGAAAUUAAUAUGAAGGCAUUCCAUGGUGCUUGCAAAGACACGUUUGAUAAGGAAGAAGCUCAGAUCAAGACCUCUGAAUCACGCUCUUUGUGGCAGAAUAAGGUUAAAAGCCACCCAGAAUGGCAUGUUGUUGAAGUAGAUGGUGAUGAUGAGAAAGUGAAGAGUUUAAAGGCAGAAAGGGGAAAUGGGAUAUUUGAUGCAUUCAAGGAGAUGAAUGAGUAUAACCCAAGUGGGAGAUAUGUGGUUAACAAAAUUUGGAACUUGAAAGACAAUCAUAAAGCUGCUACUUUGAAGGAGAAGAAGAUUUUCCUGUUGAAGAUGGUGGUUUUUGGAGCCAUUCUCAUGGCUGUGGUUAUAGUGUUGUUGACCAAAUUCCCUUUGUUGUUGACCUUUCCCCAGGUGUUGUUGUAGGUGUAGGUGUAGGUGUAGGGGUUGCUGGUUUGAUCUUUUGUUUGGUGUAAUGAAUUGGUAGUAGUUAUGGACUUAUGGUAUUGUAAUGGGUUUCUGUUGUGUGAUGUAGAUGCUAUUUCAAAGACUACAUCGCGCUUGCAGUUUCUUUGAUAUUCAACGCCU